GGCGAUUUCGCUGAAGAUCGCGUAAAGGAAUUGCUCCCGGUCUCACUGGUAAUUUUGCUGGACAUUGCACUGACGGUCUAUUUAAAGGUCUUGCUAGAACUCUUGCUGACGGUCUCGCUGAUGGUCUCACUAGAGGUUGUUUUGCUGGAAGUUGUGCUAAUGGUAUUGCUGCCGGUCUCGCUGGUGAUUUUGCUGUCGAUCACGGUGAUGGUAUCGCUGGAGAUCACGCUGACGGUUUUUCUGGGAGUCUUGCUGGAGAUCACGCUGACGAUAUUUCUGGAGGUCUCGCUGGUGAUCACGCUGACGGUCUUUUUUAGAGAUCUCGCUGGUGAUCACGCUGAGGGUUUAUCUGGGAGUCUCGCUGGAGAUCACGCUGAGGGUUUAUCUGGGAGUCUCGCUGGAGAUCACGCUGACGUCUUGCUGGAGAUCACGCUGACGAUAUUUCUGGAGGUCUCGCUGGUGAUCACGCUGACGGUCUUUUUUAGAAAUCUCGCUGGUGAUCACGCUGACGAUCUUUCUGGAGGUCUCGCUGGAGAUCACGCUGACGAUAUCUCUGGAGGUCUUACUGUCUUUAAA